AAAGCAACCCACCAGUCACCACCCCCCGCGGCCGCCCCCAAUGAAAGAUUCAGAUCCAGGAGCCGAGCCCAUCGCCCAGAACCUCAUCAAGCUCAUCAGCAAUGUCUGCUUCUCCGUCUUCGUCUUCUCCGUCCUGAUCGUCACCGUCGUCGCCAUCACCUACCAGCCCCCGGAUCCGUGGCUCCAGUCCGCCCCCGCCCUCACCAGGCUGUUCACGCAGACCCAGAAUGCCACCUUCAAGAACGACGACUCCGUCCUCAAGACCGGCGAGGACCUUCCCCUCCUCUCCCCCGCCGCCUCCCCCGCUCCCGCUCCGCCGCCGCCGUCGCCGGCGGUUGAGGGGGCCGAGGAGGUGAUCGCGAAUUCGACCACCAGGGCCGAGCCCUCGUGCGAUGAGGCGGCCCUGCUGCCCGUCAAUUGUUCGGAUCCCCGCGUUCUGGCCGCCGUCAAGAGGUUCAAUGCGAGAGCCUUCAGGUCUAUCGUGUUCCUCGGGUAUCAGGCUCCGGUUAACGGUUCGAAAACCGACGAGUGCGACGUGGCGUGGAGGUUCAGGAACAGGAGGGAGAAAUCUUGGAGGAAGUACAGGGAUUUCAGGAGGUUUAAGAUUGGCAUUGGAGAGAGCUGCACUUACAGGGUGGUGCACCCGGGCGCUUGGCAUUCGGGCGUCAAUGCGCGGCCGCCGAAAGGCGGCAGAUUCAACGCCACCAGGGGCGGCAAGAAACCGAAAGUUCCAGCUCCGGCUAGGGACGACGAGAUCAACGACACUAUACCGACACUGGGGUCCGAUACGAGUUUCAGGAAGGGGAGAUACUUGUACUACUCGCGCGGGGCGGAUUACUGUAAAGGGAUGAAUCAUUACAUGUGGAGCUUCCUCUGCGGGCUGGGCGAGGCGAUGUACCUCAAUCGCACCUUCGUGAUGGAUCUGAAGCUUUGCCUGGCGGCGACGUACAACCCGAGUAAGAAAGAUGAGGAAGGGAAGGAUUUCCGGUUCUAUUUCGACUUCGAGCAUCUCAAGGAGACGGCUUCGAUCGUGGAGGAGGGCGAGUUCUGGAGCGAUUGGAAGAAAUGGGAUGAGACUCACAAGAAGAAGGUGCCGGUUAAGAAGGUCGGGACUUAUAAAGUCACGCCGAUGCAGCUCAAGAAAGAUAAGAGCACGAUCAUAUGGAGGCAGUUCAAUGCUCCGGAGGAGAAGGAUAAUUACUGGUACAGGGUCUGCGAAGGGCAGGCUGCGAAUUACGUCCACAGGCCGUGGCAGGCAAUCUGGAAGUCGAAGAGGCUGAUGAACAUCGUCACGGAGAUCAGUGGGAGGAUGGACUGGGAUUUCGAUGUGGUCCAUGUGGUUCGCGGAGAGAAGGCGCAGAAUAAGGCGCUCUGGCCUCACUUGGAUUCCGACACAUCCCCUGAUGCUAUUCUUGCUAAGCUUCGGGAGGUGAUUAAGCCGUGGCGAAAUCUGUACGUGGCGACGAACGAGCCCUUUUACAGCUACUUCGACAAAUUGAGGUCUCAAUACAAGGUGCAUCUGCUGGAUGAUUAUAGGGAGCUGUGGGGAAAUAAGAGCGAGUGGUACAAUGAGACCAGACUUCUCAACAAUGGGAAUCCGGUCGAAUUCGAUGGUUAUAUGAGGGUGGCAGUGGACACUGAGGUACUAUACCGGGCAAAGACACGAGUCGAAACUUUCUACAAUUUAACCAAAGAUUGCAAGAAUGGAAUCAAUACAUGCUGAAGCUGAGCAUAGUUCGAUGUCUUAAUAUCAUUACUUCGGCCGGUUGAUCCGCGGCUUUGGUACGUCUUUGGUAUCUGGGACGGAAUUCUUUAGGAUAUUUGUUGCCUAGUCACACGGACGCUUGCCAGCAUUAGCGGCAGGAUUAUGAGAUUGAAGGUUUGGUUAACAACUCGAUCCUUUACUCUAUCUUCAGAACACUCUAGGAUUCUUACUCUUGACCAAGCCGAGUUUGUUUGCACUCCCUAGAGGUAUGUAGGCUUCUGUUUGGGGA